AUGGGGUCUGUUGCUAUUUAUCAGCACAGUGCCUUACAGGCGCUGAUGUGGCUUCGUUUCAUCGAUCAGUUUUGUCCAUCAGCACAGUAUAUCAUCAAGAUGGAUGAUGAUGUGGUUGGCAAUAUUUUUGCGCUUCUCCAGUACUUGAAAAAGCGAGUGGAUACAGUCAGCUUGCUCGAUUCCCAGAUGUGUAUUUUCUGUCGUGUCAUUCGUCACCGUGCUGUAGAAAGGAGGAAAACGCGUAAAUGGUACGUAACAAUGGAAGAAUUGCCAGACAAAUAUUAUUUGAAUUACUGCGUGGGUAUGGCAAUGGUAUUCACUGGCGACUUGCCCAGGACGUUGUUGCAAGCUGCUCAGAAUGAACGAUAUUUCUGGAUAGACGAUUACUUCAUCAGUGGAAUUCUGGCAAAAAAAGCAGACGCCCACCUUAUGGAUUGGAAACGCAAAGUGAUCGUUGAUUCAGAAGCAGGCGAAAAAGAACUUAUUGACGGAAAUAUUUUUUUCCGUUUAAUGUCAAAUAUGAGCCAAGGCCAGCAGCUAUGGGAAAGAAUUCAGCAAGAAUAUUUCCGACGUCAACUGAAUGAAUCUCUGCAAUCAACAACUAUUUCUUGGCACGAUCAUUAUUAUAUAUAG